AUGCGUUUUCCUUUAGACUUUACCUUGGAACGACUCGCUGAGCGACAAGUGCAUGAUGAUGAGCAAACGCCCGCCGAGUGGUGCAAAUCCACUUCGUUGACGAAGAAUGGAGAUGAGAUUAUGUUUCCUAAUCAAGGAGAUGUCUGGUCUGUCGGAGAAACGAAGGGGUUUGGUUGGACUGGUGGUGUCAAUGUCGUUGAUGGGCAGAGUCAGACCUUCAGCUUAGAGAUAGGCUCAGAAGAUGACACCGACGGUUCAAAACCAGUCAAGGUCUUUGCGGACAAAACCUUUCAGUACCCCUCUGAUGACUGGCAAGUCUGGGACGACGACUGCCUGGACACUUAUCUCUCAUACUACUGGACAAUACCAAAGGAUUUCGAUGUCGGCGAUACGAGAUUUGUCGCCAGACUAAUCAACACAACUGACCCCGACAACAAAACCAUUUUGACGAGUAGCUUCUUCUACAUCGACUCAAACCCAGCAGAGUUGGCCCUCCAAGCCUUUUCACCGACCGAGUCGGUGGAGCCAGAAGCGAUAACCUCGUCAACAGCUUCUGCAACUUCAGCAUCAACACUCAUCUCCGAGACGUCUACUUCAGCGCCAACUGCAACACUUAAUGCGGUGGCAGACGCAGACGUCACGGCAGUACCAGCAUCAAGCGGACUAUCCGCCCAAGCAAAGGCAGGUAUCGGCGCAGGCGUCGGUAUCUUGGGUCUUAUGCUCAUUCUUAUUGGAAUCUUCUUUUGGUGGUAUAAAAAGCGCCAAAACAGAGGCAUCCAAGAGAAGGGUUUUGUGCAGCCGGCUUUGACUCUCAACACGCCGGAACCAGCUAUUUCUGAUGGUGGACAAAGUCUCAAACCUCGUAUGUCCACCGGUGGACUUAGCGCCAGACCUCGAUUGUCUGAAGUUGGAAGUAUCGGAUCGCGAUUGUCUGAAGGACGCCUCAGUCCCAGGCCAAUUCUAGCUGAAGGUCGAAGCAGUCCCAAACCACGUCUGUCGGAAAGUGGCAGCGCCAGACCUCGAUUAUCUGAAGGCCGAAGUAGCCCCAGAUCACCACUGUCUGAGGGUCGAAUUAGCCCCAGACCACGAGUGUCCGAUGGUAGUACUGCCAGGCCGCGACUUUCCAGAGAUAUGGAAGAUGUACCAGGGAGUCCUUUAUACAGGACCCCUUCGGCGCGGGACAGUCAUCGAAAGAGUAUACGUUUGGUAUACGAACCUAAUCAGGAUCCUCUUGGGUUGCCGGCCGAUGUUUCCAUGUGGUCGCCUAAGAAUUCACAGGAGGGGUUGAAUAGAUCUUAA